UAACAAAAGGCCAAAUUUCCAUACGCUUCUAAUUUCUUACUCGGUUUCCUCUCUCUCUCUCUCUCUCCUCUCCACUCCAACUAGGAGGAAAAGGAAAACACAAAAAGAGAGCGAUAGCGAAGCACUAGAAAAUACUCCCACUUUCCCCACAUCAAUUCGCUCUCUCACCCUCCUCCGAUCCAAACAAUUCUUUCUUCAAUUCCGUUUCUCUCCACAAUACCACUUUUCCACCGAAACCAAUUCUCUCGGUUUUAGGGCAAAGAAUCCUCCGAUCAAAGCAAACCUCUAGAGAACAUCCAAACACUUCGAUCGAUUAUUGGAAUCAGAUUCACGGAGAGUUUUUUUUGAGUUGCAUUUUGAUAAAUUAGGGUGAAAUUGUGGUCGAAGAAUGUUCUUCUCCGGCGAUUCAUCUACUCGGAAGCGAGUCGAUUUAGGAGGGCGUAGUUCGAAAGAAAGGGACCGACAGAAACUCCUGGAGCAGACGAGGUUAGAAAGGAAUCGCAGAUUGUGGUUGCGACAACAGAAUUCCGCCGCGAUCGUAAUCCAGAAAUGCUUCAGAGGAAGGAAGGCCGUGAAAGUUGAACGUUCUAAGGUGCGAGAGCAGUUCUUUCUGAACUAUGGGCAGCGCUGCCAAAAUGUUAACAGGCAUUGUUUUGGGCCGGAUUCGGAUUUUCUCCGCCAAUUACUUUUCUUCUUUAACGCGCAAAAUGUUGCUGAUUUUUCUGCUCUCGUGGAGAUAUGCCGAUUACUUCAACAGUUUGUUCGAGAUAGUGGUGAUAUUCUGAACCUCGUUGCUGGCGUGGAAUACUCUUCCAAGCACCCUCUAGUCAACUACAGGGUUAAGCAAGUAGCAUAUGCUUGUAUUCAGGCUGUUUAUGAAAAUAGAAAUCAGUUGAAAGAUCAACUUUUUUUGAUGCCCGAGAAAUCCUGUACAUCAACAACCUUCUUGCUGGAGGCAGUAGUGAUGUUGAUUGAUCCCAGACUUCCAUGGGCUUGUAAGAUAGUCAGCUAUCUCCUGCAAAGAAAUACGUACAAUCUUUUGAGAGAGAUAAUUCUUACUGGGAAGGGAAGUGUAAGACUUCAAGGUUAUGUUGGUGAAGCAUCUUCAUUGGAGCGUGUCCUAGCACUUAUCAUGUCUCAUAUCAGUCAGACCCCAUGUAUUUGUGCAAAUAUUGAUCCCCGAUGGAGUUUCUCAUCCCAGAUUCUUACAAUUCCUUUUCUGUGGCAUCUUUUUCCUUACCUAAAAGAGGUUUUUGCAACUCCUGGAUUGAGUCAACACUACAUUCAUCAUAUGGCGUUAUGUGUGCAAAAUCAUGCAAAUGUUCUGCCCAAUGAUAUCUCUAAUGAAUUUCCUUGUUAUGCCUGUCUUCUUGGAAAUAUACUGGAAACUGUUGGAGUUGCUUUUACUCAGCCUAACUGCUCAUUUGAUAUGGCUUUAGACUUUGCAGCUGUCACAACAUUUUUGUUGGGGGCACUUCCUCCUAUGCAAUCGUCCGAUCGAGGAAGCACAGAAAAUUCUCCGGUGGGUGACGAUGAUAUGGAACUUGGUGAUGAACUAACUGAAAAAGUUCUGAAUAGGGAUUUGGAACAACAGAUUACCAAUGCAAUAGAUUCACGUUUUCUUUUACAGUUGACAAAUGUUCUUUUUGGAGAGAUUUCAUUUGGCUCAUAUAAAGAAGGGCCCCAUGAGAAAGAGGUGGAAGCUGUUGUUGCUGCUUGUGCUUUCCUGCACACAACCUUCAACAUUUUACCCUUAGAGCGUAUUAUGACUGUGCUAGCUUAUAGAACAGAGCUUGUUCCUGUGCUUUGGAACUUCAUGAAGCGAUGCCACGAGAAUCAGAAAUGGUCAUCCUUGUCUGAGCAGACAGCUUAUCUUCCUGGAGAUGCACCUGGUUGGCUAUUACCUUUGGCAGUUUUCUGCCCUGUGUAUAAGCACAUGCUUAUGAUAGUUGACAAUGAGGAGUUCUAUGAGCUGGACAAGCCUCUGUCACUAAAGGAUAUCAGAUGCUUGAUUGUUAUCCUAAAACAGGCCUUGUGGCAGCUUCUAUGGGUGAAUCCUGUGGCUCCCACUAACUUGUUGAAGUCUGCCACUGAUGUGUUUGCUCUUAAGAGGCACCCUGUAGAAGUUAUUCAGCAUAGGGUUAGCCUAGUAGCUUCUGAGCUCCUAUCGCAGUUGCAAGAUUGGAACAACAGGCGGGAGUUCACUCCCCCCAGUGAUUUCCAUGCUGAUGGUGUCAAUGAUUAUUUCAUCUCUCAGGCUAUGAUAGAAAAUACUAGGGCAUAUGACAUACUAAGACAAGCUCCAUUUUUGGUUCCAUUUACAAGCAGAGUCAAAAUAUUUACUUCACAGUUAGCAGCAGUGAAGCAGAGACAUGGGUCUAAUUCUGUUUUUACAAGAAACCGGUUCAGAAUACGACGAGAUCAUAUUUUGGAAGAUGCUUUUGAUCAGUUGAGUGCAUUAUCUGAAGAGGAUCUACGAGGACCGAUUCGUGUUACCUUUGUGAAUGAAUUUGGAGUUGAGGAGGCUGGUAUUGAUGGUGGCGGGAUAUUCAAAGAUUUCAUGGAGAACAUUACUCGAUCAGCUUUUGAUGUUCAGUAUGGUUUAUUUAAGGAAACAGCUGAUCACCUACUGUACCCCAAUCCUGGAUCAGGAAUGAUACAUGAACAACAUCUACAGUAUUUUCGUUUUCUUGGAACUGUUCUUGCAAAGGCAAUGUAUGAAGGCAUUCUUGUUGAUAUACCAUUCGCAACAUUCUUCUUGAGCAAAUUGAAGCAAAAGUACAAUUAUUUGAAUGAUUUGCCUUCCCUGGAUCCAGAAUUAUAUCGCCACCUUAUUUUCUUGAAGCAUUAUGAAGGUGACAAUUCGGGGUUAGAAUUGUACUUUGUUAUUGUGAACAAUGAAUAUGGGGAGCAAACAGAAGAAGAGCUGCUUCCAGGAGGAAAAAACAUACGUGUCACUAAUGAAAACGUCAUCACAUUUAUUCAUCUUGUAGCCAACCAUCGGUUAAAUUUUCAGAUACGCCAACAAAGUUCUCAUUUCUUGAGAGGAUUUCAGCAACUUAUACAGAAAGAUUGGAUUGACAUGUUUAAUGAGCAUGAGCUUCAGCUUCUAAUAUCAGGUUCACUUGAUGGUUUCGAUAUUGAUGACCUCCGAGCUCAUACUAAUUAUGUGGGUGGCUACCAUAAAGAGCACUAUGUCAUUGAAAUGUUCUGGGAAGCUCUCAAAAACUUUUCGAUGGAAAAUAAGCUGAAGUUCUUGAAGUUUGUGACUGGGUGCUCUCGAGGACCUUUACUUGGAUUUAAAUACCUGGAACCCUUAUUCUGCAUACAAAGGACUGCUGGUAAUGCUUCUGAAGAAAGUCUUGACCGGUUGCCAACAUCAGCUACUUGUAUGAAUCUUCUAAAGCUUCCUCCAUACAGAAGCAAAGAGCAACUGGAGCAGAAAUUGUUGUAUGCCAUAAAUGCGGAUGCUGGAUUUGAUUUGAGCUGAAAGCUUUGUUAUUUCCUGUCCUACCAAAUGCUAUGCUUCGGGUUCAUUGAGAAAGCAUUUUGACAAACACAAUACCAUGAUGGUCUGUUCAGUGCACUACUCCGUUCAGAGUUGUCCGAGGACCAUCAGAGCUGAAUAGGACACAGCUCAGAAUAUCGGUAAACAUCAACAGGGUGAAGGGUGCAGAGGAAAGCAAUGUGUAGAUAUAAUCCCGGUGUACAUAUACAUACAUGGUGUCAUCUGCAAUGUAUAUCAUCUUCAUGGAAAGCCUGUACACAUGCAGGACCUCUCCCAACUAGGUCUUGUCAAGAAUAGUUAUAAACUGUAGUCAAGUAACUUCCUCAAGUAAUUUUAGUGAGUAAACAUAAUCUGACCUAUAUAUAUGAUGGGGAUCAAUCUGUGGAAACUAUCAGGUUGUAUCUGGUCAUCAUGGUUUACUCCUUUUUUAUUUAUUGUUUAAAAUUAAAAUUUAGUCCCCAAUUUUAUGACUAAUUUUGUAAAUGAGAGGACGUGAAGUGGCUUAAUCGUGUCAGAUGUUUAACUCCUAAACUUUUCGUUGCUUAAUUUGUGAGCAGUUAUGGUGUUUCUUAA